AAAUAGAGCUAAGUAUAGAGAAAUAGAGCUAAGUAUAGAGGUUGCGCUUUAAGGUAGAGAGAGAGAGCACUAGGUAAAGAGAGCACUAGGUAGAGAGAGAGCACUAGGUAAAGAAAGCACUAGGUAGAGAGAGAGCACUAGAUAGAGAGAGAGUGCUUGUAGAAACAGUGCUAGGUAGAAAGAGGUAGAGAUAGCUCUGAGAGACACUCUGUAGAGAGAUAGCGUUCGGUAGAGCGAGAUAACGCUCUGUAGAGAGAGAGCGAUUGGUAGAGAGAGGUAAUGCAGGGUAGAGGGAGUUGGCGCUAGGUAGAGAGAGAUAUUUGCAGUGACCAUAUGGGUUAAUGUUUUUUACUUGUUUGUCCUUCAGAUGAACCGGCCAAUCCAGGUGAAGCCCGCUGACAGCGAGGGGAGAGGAGGCGUGACCUCAGAGGACCGUAAGCUGUUUGUGGGCAUGCUGGGGAAGCAGCAGAGUGACGAGGAUGUGCGGAGGCUGUUCGAGGCCUUCGGACACAUAGACGAGUGCACCGUGCUCAGGGGCCCCGACGGGACCAGUAAAGGAUGUGCGUUUGUCAAGUUCCAGGGACACACCGAAGCUCAGGCAGCCAUCAACAGCCUGCAUGGAAGCCGCACACUGCCUGGGGCGUCGUCCAGCCUGGUGGUGAAGUUUGCCGACACAGAGAAGGAGCGCGGCCUACGGAGGAUGCAGCAGGUGGCCUCCCAGCUCGGCAUCUUCAGCCCCAUGACGCUGAACUUCCCCGCGUACAACGCCUACACGCAGGCCGUCAACGCACAGGCCUUGGUCCAACAGCAGGCCCUGGUUGCCCAGUCAGCGUACUUGUCUCCGGUAGCAACAGUUGCCGCAGUACAGAUGCAGCAGAUGGCAGCCCUCAACGCCAACGGAAUCAUCGCCACGCCCAUUACACCCAUCACACCCUCAUCGGGUGGACAAUGUUGGUCGCUAGGUACCAACACCCCGCCCAGCAUGGCGGCAACGCCCGUGUCAGCACUUCACCAACAGCUAGGGGUCAACGGUUACAGCAGCUUGCCAGCCCCGACCAAUGGGCAACAAGCGACAGAGGCAAUCUACACCAAUGGAAUCCACGCAUAUCAAGGUAUCUUUUCCCAGAGUCCGGCGGCGCUGGACCCCCUACAGCAGGCCUACACAGGCAUGCAGCACUACACGGCUGCCUACCCUGCCGCUUAUGGAUUGGUCGGACAGCCGUUCCCACAGCAGCCAACCCUGGUUGCCCAGCAACACCAGCAGCCCCAGCAACAGCAGCAGAGAGAAGGUCCAGAGGGCUGUAACAUCUUCAUCUACCACCUGCCGCAGGAGUUCAGUGACUCAGAAAUGCUGCAGAUGUUCCUGCCCUUUGGAAACGUGAUCUCGGCCAAAGUGUUUGUGGACCGUGCCACCAAUCAGAGCAAGUGCUUCGGCUUUGUGAGUUUUGACAACCCCUCUAGCGCUCAGGCGGCCAUCCAGUCCAUGAAUGGCUUCCAGAUUGGCAUGAAAAGGCUCAAGGUGCAACUGAAAAGACCUAAAGAUGCCAACCGCCCAUACUGAGAUGGGGCCAGAGAACAAAAGAGGAGAAUGGACGCCAGCGGCUUACACAGCGGCUGAGGUGGAUUUCCCAGGAUCCAAUGCUCUGUCAAACGGUCUCAUACCCUAUGAGUGAUAUCGGAUCGCAGUUGCCUACACACAUCUACACACACAAACCCGCACAGACACACACACACACACACACACACACACACACACACACACACACACACACACACACACACACACACACACACACACACACACACACACACACACACACACACACACAAACACACACACACACACACAUUCACCCAACGACACACACAAAAAGCCAACUCAUGAUGGUGCAGGGUUGAUUUACAAAUGUACAUAAAGUGCGCAGACGUACACAUGACAACUGAAACAUCGACACUGCCACACACACACACACAUAUUCACACAGGUCCGUUGAUGUUUCUAUACAGUUAGAGAGUUGGAGAUCACAAGGCUCUGUUUUGAGGUGGCCAACAGGGUGUCUUUGUGCAGGUGAUAUCGCAAAGACCGAGUGUGUAUGGAGGGUACUGAUGAAUAUUGCUGAUAUAUCACUUUGGUAGACUAUAUCAUGUCUACAUCAUGUCUAUUAAAUGACAAAUAUAGAGGGACCGAUGUUUCAUAAUAAAAAAAAAAAUACUUAAAAAGAUGAAUAAAUAAGUAGGAUAGAGAGACAUGGAAAAAAGAUCGUAAUGGCCUGUAAAUAAUUUAGUUUACGAAGAGCAGCAUUUAAAAAAAAAAGACAAAAAAUAAAAAAGAAUACUACUUUAGAUAAACACUGAACAAGACCCAAUAACAUUAUUAUUAUUGUUAUUAUUAUUAUUAUCAUUAUUAUCAUUAUGAUCAUUAUUAUUAUUGACAUCGGCAUCUUCGGAUCGGAAUACUACAUUCCAAAUUGUGAAAGGGGAAAAACACUAACCUAUUUUAAAUUUCUACGUAGAGUGUAGGUGACACAAGUGGGUGGGGAAUUGCACCUUUGUUGGGAGGUUUUAAUAUUGGAGCAAAUUUUUUAUUUAUUUACUAAUUUAUUAAUUAUUUUGCUUACUGGGAGGAGGGUUUGAAUAGCUUGCGAUAUUUUGAUUUUAGAAUUUUCUAUAGAAAACCAUUUGAGAGCCUGUUUCUGCCAGACUCCUGCAAUCAAGUGAUUAUAAUUAUGUAUUAAUUAUUACAACAAUUAUAUUUAUUUUUAAGUUAUUGAACUGUUUCUGAUCCAAUCUUUUUAAGUUAAAAUAAAAAGUAUCAUACUGAA